CGGCAAUAUUGGGGGUAUUUGGCGGCUGCAAUCCUGUGAGGGGUAGCGAGGCAGAGAUCAUGUUCCUGCUAGAAGUUCAGGGCGAGCUGUUUGUUUCGGGGGCGAGAGCAUGCAAUGAGGGUUACUACCAACAUGUAGUUGGACACAUGUUCGAUCUCUUUGUUGACCCUUUUGUUUCUGUUGGAGUAUAAUAACGAGCUGUAGCUUGUGAAAGACUCACUGGGAGGCGUGUGGGCUCAAGAUGAGACCAUCUCAGAAAUCAGUGCAGAACAACCCAGUGAUAUCCCAUGGGUGCCGGUGCCAGCAUGAAGGUCGGUGAGCUGGAGACGGCAAAGGACGCUCAAAAGCCCAACUACCUGAAGUUGCCAGCUCAGAGGUGCCAUCGAGUAGUUUCUCUCGAAGAUGGAGUUUUGCACGACUUGAUGGCUCACUCGCUGAGCAGCUCCUCACCAGACGCGGCGCAGGUUCUCGAGUGUCCUCCCGUUCCAGCACCGGAUGCUGAGAAAACACAGGUCCUCAAGCGGAGUUAUCGAGUGACUUCGCUGGAUGUGAAGAUCCUUGGAUUGAAGCUGGAGAUUGACAUUAGUGAGAGAAAGCCCCAUUUUCCCGGAGGUGUCAUCCUUCGCAUCCUUUGGAUCGCCGUCACGUGGUCAGAACUGAGCGGUCAAUCUUGAUAUGUCUUUUUCAGCCCCUGCAGAGGGGAUUUAAGUCAAAGGCCAACAUGCCGUGACAUGCAGUAGUGCACUGGUUUCACGUUGAGAGAUUUGUUUAGAAGUUUUGUUUCGGUAUAUCAGAAGUGUACAUAAGUGUAGUAUAGAGACCAUUUGUCUCACUUUUUCUCUCAGUGGAGGUUUAGGGAUUGUCAACAAUGUGAAC